AUGAUAGUUAUAGAAUGCUUGAAUUUAAUUUUAAAAAAUAUAUAUGUCAAAUUAGUUUAGCAAGAAUUUUAUGACUAGUUUAAAGUAUUUGCAUUACUUGUUUCAAUCAAAUUUGAUGUGUUAGACAAUUUCAAUUUUGAGAAUGAUGAUUCAAAAAAUCAAUUAAGAAAAAAUAAAUGGCUUCUUUUAGGUGCUAUGACUGAGAAGAAUUAAAAAUAUACAGAUAAUUAAAAGUUCUAUAAAUAUUUAGACUUAUCUUCUAAUAUUACUUUUGCAUUCUCUUUAAAGAAAUACAUCAUAAUACAAAUAUAGUUAUAAUUAGAGAAAAUACUGAAGGUAAAUAUUAUAAUAUAUAUCGCAGGUGAAUACUCAAGUGUAGAACAUGAAGUCUAUCCAGGAGUUGAAGAAUCAAUUAAAGUGACUACAAAAUAGGCAUCUCUAAGAAUUGCUGAAUAUUUAAAUUUUCUCAUCUUAAUGGUAGAAAGAAGGUUACAGCUUAUUCUUAUAAGCAUGUAGAGAAGUGGCUCAAAGAUAUUCAUUCUUUAAAUAUGAAAAAAGGAUCGUUGAUAUUUGUUGUAUUUCCUUGGUCAAAAAUCCUACACAAUUUGAUGUAAUUGGUAUGUUAAUUGGUAAACAUCACGCUCUCUUUUUUUAAGGUUGUAGACAUACAGGAAGAGAUAUUGCAGAACAUCUAGGUUUACCAAAGUUUCCUGAUUAAAUUUGUACUAUUUAAGAUAAAAUAUAAAUAAUUAAUUUUUAUAUUUAGAUUACAACUGAAGAUAUUAUUGGAAAUGCCACAACCGAUUAAUUUACAAAUUAAGUUAUUAAAAGCUUAGGAAGAUGGUAUUGUUAUAAAUUAAAUCAUAAUAUUA